GAAGAAAAUUAGCACGAGAACAAACAAACAAACAAGGGUCCUCUUCCCUUCCAAAAUACACUAUUACUUGGUAUCAAUAUCACUACUUUCUUGGGUUUUCGCUUUUAUUGCAAGCAGUUUUUUGGAUCGGAUUUUAUAGCUGAGCAGUGUUGGAUUUAUUUUUAAUUGGGUUUGGUGAACUUUGAAAGAAACUUCCCCAAAAGAACUGCAACAACAACACCAACAACAAUCACUGCUACUAUUUCUGGAGUUUUUGGAGAGAGAAAGAAACAGAUUCAGUGAAGCAAAGAUAGCCUCAGAUCUGGAUACUGGGAUUGGUCAACUUUUAUGGUGGUUCUUGUUGGUGAUUAACACUUCUGGCUGUCUAGAAUUUGGUGUUUCUUGUGUCAAGUAAGAGACUAUGGUAGGAGAGGGAGAGAGAAAGAGGUAGAGACUGAACUGGGGUGUGCUUCAGUUUUGGGUGGGAGAGUGGAUAGUCAGAUUGAUCAGUAUGGGAAAACGGGAUUCAGUGGACGACAUAGCAGGAGCGAUGAGCUUACGGUUAUUUGUAAUGGGUACUCUAUUCAUUAGUGAAGUGAAGAUACUUAUAGCUUCUAGCAUAUCACUAGGCCAAAAGGAAAUCUAGUUUUAAGUUUUGUUACGAGGUUAUUCUACGAUGAUGCCCGAGGAUUCUUCUUUGAUGGGGGAAGAUGUCUCCUAUUGUGAAAAUACAGUAGCAAAACUGGUAGUCGUGAAGGAGCCCUUUUGUGAUAAAGAGAAUGACAGGGUGCCUGAUUCUUCUGGAGGGUUAACUGAAAAUGAUAGUUGUUGUGCUUCUGGCGAUAACAUGGAUCAGGAAAUUGGAGACGAAGGGUUAUCUUCAAGCUUUGAACCUGUGAGUAGUGAGAUAAGUAGCAUCAAUGGUGAGGAGAUUUUGGCAUUUGAGUCUAAUUCUGUACCCCAUUCACGGGCUGAGGUGGAUCUAGAUAAGAGUGUUCAAGAAUCUGGAGUCACAGCUGAUUCUAGUAAACCUGUUAAAGAUGAUGUAUUGGCAGUGGCAGAGGAUCUUGAUGUGGAGGAUAAUGAAGUACGUGACUCUACCUUGUUGGCUGGAGAUGAAGUAAACCAUGAAAGAAUAAUCAGAACAAUGAGCAGCCAGUGUGCGUUUGAUAUGGAAUCUGUGCCCCUGUGGGGGUUCACAUCAAUCUGUGGUCGAAGGCCGGAGAUGGAAGAUGCUCUGGCAGCUGUGCCAUAUUUCCACAGAAUUCCUGCCAAAAUGUUGAUGGGUGAAACUGUAUUGAAUGGAAUAGCUGAAAGCUUAAGCCAGUUUGCACACUUGUAUGGUGUAUAUGAUGGACAUGGGGGAUGUCAGGUUGCGAAUUAUUGCCGUGAUCGCUUGCAUCUAGCAUUGGUGGAGGAAAUUGAAGCUAUAAAAGCGAACAUCCUAAGUGGAAGAUCUGAGGAGAAUUUGCAACAGAAAUGGGAGAAGGCUUUUUCACAUUGUUUUCUUAAAGUUGAUGCUGAGGUUGGAGGAGUCACACAAGGGCGUCCUGGAGGAAGCAACAAUGUGUCUGAGGCUAGUGUGGAGCCUAUUGCCCCGGAAACUGUUGGGUCAACUGCGGUUGUAGCGAUUGUCUGUCCAACCCAUAUUAUAGUUGCUAAUUGCGGUGAUUCUAGGGCUGUUCUUUGUCGUGGAAAAGCACCCAUGCCACUGUCUGUUGACCAUAAACCUGACCGAAAAGAUGAAUUGGACAGGAUAGAAGCUGCAGAUGGCAAGGUUAUACAGUGGAAUGGCUACCGUGUUUUUGGUGUUCUUGCAAUGUCAAGAUCAAUUGGUGAUCGUUAUUUGAAGCCAUGGAUUAUACCAGACCCAGAAGUGACAAUAGUUCAGCGGGCUAAGGAUGAUGAUUGCCUUAUUCUUGCCAGUGAUGGUUUAUGGGAUGUCCUGACGAAUGAAGAAGUCUGCGAUGCAGCACGAAGGAGAAUUCUUCUCUGGCAUAAAAAGAACGGUGCUAAUAUCAGUUCCGACAGAGGGAACAGCAUUGAUUUGGCAGCUCAAGCGGCGGCAGAUUACCUCUCUAAGCUUGCUCUCCAAAAGGGAAGCAAAGACAACAUUACUGUCAUUGUGGUUGACUUGAAACCUAAUAGGAAAUUCAAAACCAAAACAUGAAAGGUAAAAAAAGUUGCACCUCAUUUUGGCAAAAUGUGAAUUCUUUUCUUCUUUUUUUUUUUUUUUUAAUUUUUUUUUACCUCUCUUGACCUGUAGUUAUAUGAGGUAGAAAUAUUUUUCAGCACUCAGGAACAUUACAUAAUCAUGGACUGUAACAUAUAUUUGUAAGCCCAUCUUUUUAAAAUGGGCUGAUUGUAGCUCAAGAACAUGUAUAGUAUAUUUCAGAUAAUCCUUUUAGACCCCAGAGCCAACAAGAAUAUACUAGCUUCUGUUGGAGUCCUAACUAAGAUCAUUUUAUGAACAGUUUAUAGUUUUAGAAUA